AUGGCCGACGAAGAAGAUACCAAACUGAAUCGACUUACAACCAAUCGUUCUCGAAGUGGCGACCAGAACGAGUCAUUUCAACAAGUAAGCAAAACAGCGAAUGUAUCCGGAAAAUAUACUGAUAACUGUUUUAACUGUGGUAGCAACUAUUUUCCAGGUCACAAACAAGUUUGCCCAGCACAAGGAAAAUCAUGUCGUUCGUGUGGAAAGCUCAACCAUUUUGCCAAAGUUUGCCGCAGUUCCCCAAUGAGAAACCAAGAAUUUCGUGCACAAAACCGGGAAAAAUCGAAUGAAAUCGAAAACUCUAUUAAAGCAAUCAUAACAACGCCAAGAGAAACCGGAACUGGAAGUUCGGCGAAUGACGACAGCGACGAAUACACCUUCACCUUGACCCAAGGUCAAUUCAAGUUCAGACCAACGAAGGUAACCAAAACAAACAAGGGUGUUUUCGUGACGGCAAAAAUAAACGAAACGGAUAUAAGAUUAGUUCUUGACUCUGGUGCAACAACAAAUAUUUUAGAUUCUGCAAGUUUUGAAUGUCGACCAAUAAACCUAAGGGGUCCGGGACAGUAUAUGUCCCCUCGUUUCUACUAUCAAAUGUGA